CGGCCCCUCCCUCGCGCCUCGGCCGCCAGAAAAUGGCGGGGCUGGGCGGCUGCCUCUGAGGCGCUGGUGGUGGUGCUGAGCGGGCCCUGGGGAGAGCUCCGCUUGGGGCUGCUUCCCGGGGUGGUGGAGGGAUAAAACUCCGCAAAUCGGUGCUGGAGGUUGAUGAAAAAUGGCUAGUAACAGUGACUGUUUCCAGAGUGUCACAGCACCUGCAUGUGACCCCAUGCAGAAGACAACUUUGCCAGCUCAGCCUUCUACAAAGCAGCCUUUAGGAAAGUAUCUGGCUGUAAGGCCAAAAUCCUCACCUUCUGAGAGGUACAGUGGACGAGGUUUCGCUCAGAAGAUGGCACAAAAUCAAGAGCCUUUACUGUCAAAACCACCCUGUAUACCUCUGCAAUCAGAACUUCCCUCAAAGGAAGUGCUAGCAGAGUUUAUUGAAACAUACAAGCAGGGCAAAAUAAAUCCCGUGUCUGCUUUGUAUCAGUUUGCACAUAUGCACAGAGUAAAACUUGAAUUGAAAGAAACUAGUGCGCCAGGCAACGUCAUAAGUCUUUAUUUUGCCUUUUCUGCUGUGUUGAGUGGUGUUUGCUACAAGAUCGGAUUGGGGAAAAACAAGAAAGAAGCUAAAUUCAAUGCAGCUAAACUGGCUCUUGAUGAGAUCCUGGAACUGGAGUAUUCAGGGGCAGUGACUUCUGACAAGUCAGGUCCUCCCUGUAUUCCUGUUGAGUCUAAAGCUCCAGAAAACUCUGCUUAUGUUUCACGGAUCUGUUCUGAAGGAAGACGGCUCAUAUAUCAAAAAUUUUCAGCAAUGCUGGAAAGACUGUUCAGCAGCCUGACUACCGAAUACCCGGAGUACCAAAGCUGUGGCAGUUCACUGGCUGCCUUCAUCAUUGAAAAAGGUGGACAGUAUGAAAUUGUAGCUCUGGGAACAGGACAAUGCAAUUACAGUCAGGACUAUCAGCCCAAUGGAAGAGUGUUACAUGACAGCCAUGCCAUCGUUACCGCAAGGCGUUCUCUCCUUAGGUAUUUUUAUAGACAUCUUAUGCUGUUCUAUAAUAAAAAUCCAGCACGCACAGAGACGUCCAUAUUUUGCACAGCACCUGGCUCAAAGCUGCUUGUCCUAAAACAAAAUACAAACAUCUUUCUCUAUAUGAAUCAGCUGCCAAAAGGAUCUGCGCAGUUGAAAUCACAGUUACAUCUCAAUCCCCAAUCUGUAUCUGCUUAUGAAGCUAGUGAAGAACUGAGUCUCCACGUUGCUGUAGAAGGCAGGAUUUACCUUUCGGUUUGUUGUCCACCUAAAACUGCUAGAGCAAGGAGCAUGUCAGCCACUGACAAAUUAACAAAAUGGGAAGUGGUUGGUAUUCAGGGAGCAUUGCUGAGUCACUUCAUUGAACCAGUUUAUAUCAACAGUAUUCUUGUAGGAAGUGGAAACUGCAAGGAUACGAGAGGGUUAGAAAUUGCUGUAAAACAGCGUAUUGAUGAUGCACUCACAGUAGAGCUUCCCAUGCUUUAUGUGGUCAACAGAUCUCAUAUUUAUUUGGUGAACGCUGCACAGCCAAUUCAGAUGGAUAUGAAAAACUGGUCUCUGAGUUUGAAUUGGUCGCUGUCAGAUGCAUCAGUGGAGGUUGUGGAUGGAUUAAAUGGAAAAACCACUGAACGUUCACCGUUCAAAAGUGGCACUUACAUGGCAAGUCGUCUUUGCAAGGCGGCAAUGCUUAGUCGUUUCAAAUCGCUGGCCAAGGAAGCAGAAAGAAAUGAUUUACUUCAAAUUGCUACAUACCACAAAGCUAAGAUUCAGUCCAAAUCGUAUCAAGAAGCUAAAAAGUUGCUGCACAGCUACUUGGAGGAACAUGGUUAUGGGUCCUGGAUUGUGAAGUCUCCUUCUAUAGAACAGUUCAAGGACUAACUGCAAGGUGGAUUGCGUGUGAAGUUGGUUUGUGUGAUUUCUUUCAGUGAAAUGCAGUUCUUGUUAGUAAAACGUUUAACUGUUGGGUUAAUAUUCACAGGGAUAAAAUCAUUCUAGAGCUUCCUAUCAUCAGUUUAAAUACACGUAUUAAGCUGAGUGUAACACAGUUUUUUCACAGGUAGGAGUAUCGAACAACAUUGCAUGGCUAUUUUGGUUUGCCUCACCUCCCAGCAUCACCUCAUCACUUCCCCCCCCGGGGGAGUCACUGACAUGUUUUUCCUGUUAGUUUCAGGAUUGCUGUGCAUCAGUCUCUUCUCUUUACCCCCCCUACCCCCCCUGCAUUUUUCAUAACUGUCUGUCUUUGAGGAAAAAAAUAAUCAGUAGAAGUGGAAUUUCUUAAAAACUAACAAAAAACUAUAUCAAUGUGUGAGAAUCACUGACAAUUUGUACUUUAUCUGUAGGCAUCCUUUGGUAGAAUUGUGUUGUUUGUUUUUUUUUUGUAUGUAGCUUUCACUGAGCAUCUUGUAGUUCACUACCUGUUGUUGGUGGUAGAAUGGUUUAAGAAGUCAUUUGUGUACUUCCAAAUGUGAAACUGAAUUAUCAGGCUGUUACCAACUGUUUUCUGACAAUCACUAUUUUUAGUAGUGGGUUUAAAGUGUUGUAAAGGUGUCGAAGCUGUAAACGAGAGUAGUGUGAUGUAGCACAGAAGUUACCAGAAACAAGGUUCCUUCAACUUCUGUGGGCUGCCCCAACAGCUGUGAGAUGUGAGACUGGGUGGACACCUCCUUCCACAGAUUACUUGAUCGCUACACUCAUUCAUCCUUGCAAAAUUGUCUCUAUAAUGAUACAAAAAAUACUGCCUGUUGAGAGGAAAAUUGCUUCCUUGUAAGUUAUGAUACAAUUAUGGUAAUAUCUUGGUAAUGUUCAAAAAGUUGUUGUUAACUCUAAUAGUUGGGUUUUGUUUUGUUGUGAAAUACUAGUGUACUUAUCCUCAAUACUACGUUUUCAUUGCAUUGAUUUCUGUAUUUCAUCUAAGUUUGGGAAGCUGUUAUAUAAAAGUUUUCACACAUCAGUAAUAAUACAGUGCUGUAGUUAUGUUUUGGCUUGUUACUGUAAAAGGAUUAUAAAACAAAAAAAACUCUUCAGUGCUUUAUUCUUAACCUGUUUUUCUGACCGUAGGUUCCUUUCCACAAUGAGAGAGGUUAUGUUGUGAGUAAGAUGUGUUAGGAUGUGUAUGACAGCUGUAUCCUUGAAAUGUUAUGAAAUAACUGCGUGGAUCUAGUUUUAAUAUUUAGAUUGUUCAUUGUUUAAUUAGCAGCAUAUGGAGAAUACGUUGAGCUAGUAAAUUUCAGCAUGUACUUGUUCUAUGGGCUUGUUUUCUCACAAAAGUUUUUUUUUUGGAAUUACAAAGCUAGGGAUGAUUCUGUAAGUUUCCAGGUACCUAGGGUACCUGUUAGAGGAAAACCAAGUCACGCUGGAUCCAAGAUGCUGAGAGGUAAGGCUGCAUCUGCACGUCCAGGAGUUGAAGAUGUAUUCCUGGCAGGCAAAUACACCACAUACGUCCUUAGCCAGCCCUGGUGAUGGUAGAGGGGCACACAGGAGCACUCACCCGAAGACAGCCAGCACCAGCAGCCUCGGGGUGGGAGCUCAGCCUCUCCCCCGGAGAUGGAGCUGUGGGGGGCAGAAGGUGGAUGUGUACACGGUGGCUUCCUCCAGCACCUGUGUGCAGACAGUGUCAACCCUGUAGUUACCCCCAGAUCCUGGUUUCCCCCUUUCCUGGCAUCUGGACACACACAUCUCAGAGGCUAGAGCUCUGUGCCCGCUGCUGGUACAGACUGUCAGAGGGCUGCUGGGAAUUCCCUGCUCCCCACAGCUGGCUCCACUCUGCUCUCACCUCCAGAGCUGUGCAGUCACUUACACACAGCUGCCCCCACCAUGUUCAUGGCCCUACAGAUACAGAGGUGUUCUACACAGAGCUGUCCCUUAGAGCCCCGUUCACCCCCUUGUUCCUAGGCCACUUGGUCUACUCCACAGCUUGUUUGUUGCUGGCAAUCACAUGCUCCCUUGCACACGUGCACUUGCUCAGACAAAGCUGUGUGGGUAUGUGGAACAUAGACAAAUAUAGACAGAGAGUGGAGAGCUCUCACUCAGGAGUGUCUCAGUGAGGAAUUUUAGAACAGACCAUGGUGAUUAAGUGCAAGACAAAAGCCAUGUCCUGGCCAGCAUACUGUUUAUAUGUGAGUGGACCUUUUUAUCUCCUUACCCUUUCAUUUUUGUGCACUUGUUCUUCCCCAGAUCACGUAAACACCUUGGUUUUCCUGCCUUUGGUUCCUCCCCUAAAACAUCCCAUAGUAAGUCCUGUGCAAUCCCAAAAUGGUCACGCCCUUCAUCCCAUAAUGUGUCCCACAGCCCUAGGCAGUGAACCCUCCUAGUCGAAGAAGGAGAGCUGCUCCCACUGACCCAUUCUGAUGGGUUUCAUGGCUGGGCAACCAGGGUUGGAGGCUCUGCCAGGACAGCCCUGGCAGGGGCCCAUAUAAUGUGAUAGCUACUUGGGAGCCCUUAUUUAUUUAUUGUAUGGGAUUCCAUUGAGGUGGGGCUCUGUUGUUGUUUUAGUUUGCUUGUUUUCAAUUUACAGGAAAAGUUCCAUAUAUUAAAGUUCACCUUGGUAUGCGUUUUCAGGUGCUUUCAGUGUAAUACUCUAUUUCUUCAGGGAUUUCUUUUAGGAAUUAGGCAAAUAGAGAAGCUGAUCCUGCAGCUACUGUAGUACAUGAUAUUAUCUACCAUCGGUUGCACAUUUGAUAGAUGGGAGAGUUUACUUAUUGUAAAGAAUAUAAGAAUUAAGAAUAUAAGAUUUUUUUUUCUUUUUGACAGUAGGUCAAAGGGCAACUGAAUGGACUUCAGUGAUAGUAUUGCAAAACAGGUAGGAAAGUACACCUCUAGUUUCAUCAAAUGAAACUAGAUCUGUUAAUUGGCCAUAUGAAUACAUGGCCAACGUGUACAAUACAACUUUAUGAAGUUGCAUACAACUUCAUAAACGUAUUCAAAUGUUGUGUUUGCAAACGUACACAUUUUAGUGAGAAAUCCAUUGUGCAUUUUUUCUAGAAAUUCUGUGGACGAACAUAAACUAAUCUUUGUCAGUUUUGCCCAACUGAUAUUUGGCCUGCGGUAUAUUUUCAUUUUGCUUAAGCUUUUACCUUUUCUGUUAAACUCCACGUUACCCAGCCUUAUCAUAAAGAAAUCCUAUGGCGGUCUAAACCUCUUUGCACACAGAAAAGUAGUGACCACCGCUGUACGUCUUUGACCCAAAAAAUAGUUUUUUGCAAGAUCCUGCUGCAUUGUUGUUGUUUGCUACGCUUGCUUUCCGUUGUUCUAUUUUCUAGCCCAGUAUUAAGUUCUAUGUAUUUUAAUAUAUGCAUGGAUAAUGCACAUGAAAAACUGCCCUUAUCAUAUUAGUACUGAAUUUUUAAGAACCCUUUAAAACAAUAAUUACUGUCUUGUAUGCAACAAAAUUAAUCCAGAAGAACUUUUUUUUUUGCUUGUAAUGUCUCACUGGCUUCUUCUGUUUAGAAAUGGAAUUUAGAAGUGAAUGCCUAGAAUAUGGUUUCUCAAUGCUAAAGACUUCAAGAUAUUGAAACAGACUAUUAUUUUCAUUCACAUGGAAUGCAAAAUUACAGCAACUUGAGUAUGAAUCUUCAUCAUAAUGUUAAGUUUUGAUCAGAAAUUUGCUCUGAAACCUGCUUUAAUCAGGAAAUUGCUGGUUAAAAGUCUCCAAAUUUGUAGUCCUUUCUAACUUCAGUGAAGUAAAUACUUCAUCAUUAAACAUACCAAUACUAGGAUUUGUAUGAAUUAGAUCCUUCAAAUCUGUGUAGUGUUUUUCUAGUAGCAUUGCUUACGUCUUGUUGAUCUGUACAUAAAAGAAACUACAUAUUUUUAUCA